AUGCGGCCCUGUUCUAGUAAUUCCAAUACACACGAUAUCAUUGAUUUAUCAAUUGAUGAUAGUGAUGAUGAUGGUGGUGAUGAUGGUGAAAAAUCAGAUGAUAAUGAUGAUCAAGCACAUCGUCGUCUUUGGUGUAUAUGUCAAAAACCAUGGGAUCAUUCAAGACUUAUGCUACGUUGUGAUUCAUGUGCUAAUUGGUAUCAUGGUGAUUGUAUUGGAAUUACUAAAGAGCAAGCGAAAAUACUUGAAAUGCAUACUGAUCAAUUUAUAUGUCCAUUAUGUCAAGAUGUAUCACAUUCUACCGUGAAAUCAACGGAUAAAUCAAUUCUAACAAAACGAAAACAUUUCCAUCGUAAAUCUUCAAAAACUAAAGAAAAACGUGUUUUACACAAUGGAUUAAAGAAAAAACUAAAGCGAAAUAGUUCAUUUCAACAAGAUUCAUUCAUAAAAAUACAAACGAAUUGUAUUGUUAAAAAUUGUAAUAAUCAAUCGAAAUCAGAUUGGAUGUAUUGUUCAUCUGAUUGUAUUCGUCGUCAUAUUAAUGAUACAUUACAAUCUAUUCAACGAAGCAAAGAUAAUGAAGAAAUUCCAUCUCGUGAAGAUAUUUUAUUAUAUGAAUGUAAAACUAACAAAAUCCUUGAAAAAAACUUAGUUCCUCAAAUAGAAGAUUUAUCUCGUUGGAUGAAUCAACAUCCAUCAUAUAAAAUUCUUCGAUCAUCAUCAAAACAAGCAAUACUAUUAUUAAAAAAUCAACCGAAAGAUUUAACACGAUCAUUAUCAUCGAUUAAUAAUACAAAUAAAUCAAAAGUUGUAUCUUCGUCAAUUACAUCUAAUAUUAAAUCAAUACCGAUUAAAAAGAAUCCGAUACAAGUUAGAAAACAAAUAAAUAAUAAAAUUUCUGAUAAUACUGAUGAUAUUCGAUCAAAAGUUACAACAACUUUAUAUGACAAAAUUCUACUACGAUUGAAAAAAAAUGGUGAAGAAAAUCUCAUAAAUGAAAAUAUUCAAGUAAUAAUUAAUAAAAUCGAACAGGAAAUGUUUCGUGUUUAUGGUAAAGUUGAUAAUUCAUAUAAAAAUAAAUUUCGUUCAUUACUUGCGAAUAUUAGUAAUAUAAAUAAUAAUUUUUUUUAUAAACAAAUUCUUUCAAAUGAAAUCACAGCGAAAGAAAUUGUUGCAAUGAAAGCUGAAGAUAUGUUACCACCAGAGGAAAAAGAAAAACGUAAAGAUCAAUUUGAAAAAGAAGUUCAAAUGAUUAUUAAUGCUGAACAACAGACAGCGGAAGAAAUGGCAAGACGUGCAAGACUUAAAAUUAUUCAACAAGGUUUUAUUGAUAAUCAUAUAUUUUUCUCAAUGAUCAAAUCAAAAGAGAAAAGUGUAUCCGAAGAUAAUAUUGAUAAAACUAAAGAUAAACAAUUGUUAAAUAGUUCUCAAAAAGAUAUUGAUAAAAAUUCCACACCAAUUGUUUCAAUUUCAAAUGAAAAACUUAAAUUAACAGUUUCCGAAAAUCUUCCGUAUACACCUGUAUUAAAAACAAUUGAUUCAAAUGAAUCUUUGAAAGAUUUACCUCCAACUUCAAUAACUGAACCCAUAAAUUCUUCACGUGUAGCAGAUGAUUCCGAUAAUGAUUAUAUUGAACCAGAAAGUCCAACUGGCGCCGAUGCAUUAAUUUAUGAUGAUGAUGAAGAUGAUUUAACUAAUAAUUUAAAUCAAUCACCUACUGAUAAUACGGAAGAUACUAAUCCUUAUCAACAUGUUGUUCGUGAUGAUUAUAAUCCAUCAAAAGUUCAAAAUGAAACAUUACCUAUACAACCAUCAACAUCAAAUACUCGUUUACCAAAUCAAUGGCGUGGACUUAUUCGUCCAUCUGAUAUAAAAAUUCCAUGUCAAUCUGUUCAUGUUUAUGGUGAAAGUAAUUAUCUAAUUGACAAUAUUCCUGAACAACUUAUUAUUCUUGGACGACUUCGAUUAAAAGAUCUUUGGGAUUAUAUUCAUGUAUCACUUGCUAUUCGUGAUAUUAUUAUAUUAACAUUGACUUCAUCAUCAUCAUCAAAUACUACUGAUAAUGAUAUUUUUCUACAAUAUUAUGAUAUAAUAGAGGGAUCAAAACGAGCUGCUGUGAUUAGUAAAUGUAGUGCUACAUCACGUAUUCGUCAUAUGUAUAUUUUAGCAGCUGAUACAAAAGAUUGUUCAUCAGAUGUAUUAUCAUCAUUAUUUCUACCUGUUCAAUUUGAAGCCAAACAAUUAUUUCUUGUUAUUAUUGGAACUGAAAAAAGACGUACAAAAUCAAUAAAUCGUUCGAAUGAAAAUCAGCUAUUAAAUAAUCUAAUAUAUAAACCUAUUGCAUUACAAGAUACAACUAUAAUACGAGAUCCACGCUUACUAAGAAAUAAAAAUAGAGCAAUGCAAUCAAUUAACACAGAAAGAACGUCAGUUCAAUAUGCCAAUGAAGAUUUACUUAAAUUAAUAAGCGACUCUCUCGAACGUAUGCGCCAUUCUUCAACUGCAGAUAAUAUUUCUUCAAUUUUCAUAUCAACUACAGAAAUAUUAAAAGCCCAUAAACGUGACGAUCUAAUUCAACAAUUUAUUGAUAAUCAUCGCAUUGCUCUGACUGAAUGGCAAAUGAUACAUGGAAAUACGUCUGCUGUUUCAACAACAAGAGUAACAGAUGAUAAUUUAAUAGAAGAAAAUAUGGAUGUUGAUGAUGAUGAUCAUCAAGAUGAUAAAAAUAAGAAACAAAUAAUAACAAGUAGUACUUGUAAUAAAUUAAAUGAAUUUAGUGUUGCUGAAUAUCAUUUUUAUAAUCAAAGAUGUUGA